GUUUUGGAGCCACCAUCAGGAGCUUCGACAGCGAGAAGGACCUGCUGCAGUCGUGGGCGGAGUUUGUUCGGAUCGUGGACCCCGACGUGGUGACGGGCUACAACAUCCACAACUUCGACCUGCCCUACCUGAUCCAGAGAGCCCAGGUGUUGCAGGUGGACUCGUUCCCGUACCUGGGCCGGGUCAGGGGGGUCCCGUCGCAGGUGAAGGAUUCGGCGUUCCAGAGCCGCCAGCUCGGCCGCAGGGAGGGCAAGGUGGUGAGCACACCUGGGAGGGUGACCCUGGACAUGCUGCAGGUGCUGCUGAGGGAGCACAAGCUGCGCUCGUACUCCCUGAACGCCGUCAGCGCGCACUUCCUGCACGAGCAGAAGGAGGACGUGCCCCACGGCAUCAUCACCGAGCUGCAG